CUCAGUAUUGUCCACGCUUUCUACAUCGGUAUGUUUGGACUCCAGUACCGAACGUCGCUCGGUACGAAGGUCUUAUGGCCCAAUCAAUUUCUCUGGCUGCUGGAACAAGGUUUGCUCAAUUGGAGAGACCACGAAACUUGGGGCCUGUCUCUAAGUGUCAUCCAAGACAAGAGUAAUUCAGACACUACUGGCAAGCUCUUUGCUGCUUUUCAGGUCACCUGGUUCGUUGCACAAUCAAUCAUGCGGGUGGCUCAUGACCUACCACUCUCCCCACUUGAGGCUAUGACUCUGAGCUAUGUUCCACUCUUCGCUGUGUCAUACUUUUAUUGGUGGACAAAACCACGAGAUAUAGAGACGCCUUCGGAGCUCUACCUACCCGAAAUGACACCGGAACAAGCAGUUGUUUUUGACGCAUUGGCGCUCGACGAUCAAUUCGACGAUGAAGGCACAAGCGAACAACAAUCACUCUGGAGCAUCUGGUCAUUGACACCUCGCUUGUUCGAGAAAGAGGCUUCCGACUUGGCCCAUGGACAGGGAAAGGAUCAACAUUACCUGCAGAGGCUUAGCGAAAGCAAUAUUCAGUCAUCGACAAAGUCAAAAUACGCUCGUCUGGACUCGAACAAUGCAUACCAGGGGCAGCAAACUGUACUCGCAAACUGGGAUCCCGAACUAUAUCGUUCCAAGGUUCUAUGGCCUCUCUGUUGCCUUGCUGGUAUCUCUUUUCCCUCUCUGCAUCUGAUCUCGUGGAACUCGAGCUUUCCCACCCUACUCGAGACUUGGCUUUGGCGGACAUCGACCAUUGCUUCUAUGCUUGCUAUGCUCUUGUUUAUGCAGUUCGAAAGACUUGUAGUCAAGUGGUGUGAUCCAUGGACUAUACUGAAAGUUCUUCUGCCGUGUACGUAUAUGGUCGGGAGGGUGGUCUUACUUGUAGGCACUUUCGCUGCCAUAAGGGCCAUGGAUCCAGCUGUUUAUGAGACGUAUGCUGCAUCGACGUACUGGCUUCACAUCAUGUAACACAGUAUCAAAGAGAGCAACCGUUGGCUGCUGAAGUACGGAGGAGAGUAGAACGAGGAUGUUAGUAGCGCAGGAGAUAACUUGACCGACAUCAAAUCUUGUUGAC